GAAACCAUAUCACCCAUACACAAAACACACUUCACAGAGAAUAUAACAUUACUAAAGAAUAAUUUGAUUAUUGUGAGUGUGAGAGAUGGAGGUGGUUCAAGUGCUACACAUGAAUGGAGGAAUGGGAGAAACAAGUUAUGCAAAUAACUCCCUAGUUCAGCAAAAGGUAAUAACCAUGACGAAGCCCAUAAUGGAAGAAGCCAUAACCAGUCUCUACUGCAGAACCUUCCCAACGACCUUAACCAUCGCUGACUUGGGUUGUUCUUCCGGACCAAACACUUUCUUGGCGGUUUCCCAACUCAUCAAAUCAGUUCAGGCGGUUUGCCGGAAACUUGGGAAGCAGCCACCCGAAUAUCAAGUGCUUCUGAAUGAUCUUCCUGGGAACGACUUCAACACCAUUUUCAGGUCCAUUUCGAGCUUCCAAGACAAGCUCAAAAACCAAAUGGGCUCUAGCUUUGGGCCUUGUUUUUUCACCGGCGUUCCAGGUUCCUUCUAUGGCAGACUUUUCGCUACCAGCACUCUCCACUUUGUCCAUUCCUCUUAUAGUCUCCAAUGGCUUUCUCAGGUUCCUGAAGGGUUGGAGAAUAACAAAGGCAAUAUCUACAUAGCCAGCACUAGCCCUCCGAGCGUGCUGAAAGCAUACCGUGAGCAGUUUCAAAGAGAUUUUUCGUACUUUUUGAAGUGUCGCUCGAAGGAACUGAUGGGAGGAGGUCGCAUGGUAUUAACAAUUCUAGGGAGGAAGAACGAAGAUCCUUCAAGCAAAGAUGGGUGUUACAUUUGGGAGCUUAUGGCUAUGGCUCUCAAUGACAUGGUCUCUGAAGGAAUUAUAGAAGAAGAGAAACUCAACUCCUUCAACAUCCCUCAAUACACUCCGUCUCCAUUGGAAGUCAAAGAAGAGGUUAUAAAAGAUGGAUCAUUCAUCAUUGAUCGGCUGGAAGUUUCGGAGGUCAACUGGAAUGCUUAUGACAGUGAGUUUAGUCCCUCCGACACACUCGACGAAGGUGGAUACAGCGUCGCCAAGUGCAUGAGAGCUGUCGCUGAACCUUUGCUUGUCAGCCAUUUCGGUGAAGGAAUUAUUGAGGAGGUGUUUCGAAGGUACAGGGAAAUUGUGGCUGAUUGCAUGUCUAAGGAGAAGACCGAGUUCAUCAAUGUCACUAUCUCCGUCACCAAAAGAUGAGGAUGAUAUAUUCCAUCUGUUUUUUUAAGAUAUAAAAAUAUCUAUUACUGUAUGUAAUCGAUAAUGAAGGUCCUCUAGUAUCCAUUCGUGUUUAUUGUUGCUUUUCUUGGUGUGCUUUAUUUGUGGUCAGGUUUUCUAGGCUAGCUAAGGGCCUUGGGAUGACUGCAGGUUGCAAGUUGUACGUGUUGUCGUUUUUCUUUUCUUUUUUUCAAAUGUAUUUCUUUGUGUUUGAUUCGAGCAAUUAAUUAAUGUACUUCCAUGAUUAAAUUAUGAAGACCACAUGAAGUAUGUUAUCUCUGUCAA